AUGUCUGCCCGUCUGUUCCGCCUCGCGCGCCCCACGGCUUUCUCCCGGCCUUUCAUGGCCAGAAGCUACGCCACAGAGCUCAAGGCAGGUAUCAGAGCUCGGUCUCCUAACCUUGCCUACCUUGAUGUCACCCACCCUGACUCUGCAGCCUCCCCUGCUACGCACGCCGUGAUAGACGACCACUCCUCCUACCUCCUCAAUACUUAUGCCCGCCCCCCCAUCCUUUUCUCCCACGGCAAGUCUUGUAACUUGUAUACCGCCUCUGGGCAGGAGUACCUCGACUUUACUGCCGGUAUCGCCGUGACGGCGCUCGGACACAGUGAUGCUGGCGUCAACAAGGUCAUGGCGGACCAGGCCCAGAAGCUCAGCCACGCCAGUAACGUCUACUGGAACGAGUCGGCUGGCGAGCUCGCCAAAGUUCUCGUUGAGAGGACCAGGGAGAACGGCGGUAUCGGACUGUCAAAAGAUGCUCAAGGAGAGGACAAGGGUGCCAGGGUGUUCUUUUCGAAUUCUGGAACCGAAGCCAACGAGGGCGCUCUGAAGUUUGCCCGAGCAUACGGCAAAACGAUAGCUGAGGACAAGACGGACAUUGUCUGCUUCUCCAACGCUUUCCACGGACGCUCUAUGGGCGCGCUCUCAUGUACCCCCAACCCCAAAUACCAAGCGCCCUUUGCGCCUCUGAUCCCUGGCAUCAAAGUCGGCGAGUACAACAACAUGGACGACGCAAAACUGAAGGAGUUGAUUAACGACAAAACAUGUGGUGUCAUUGUUGAGCCCAUCCAGGGUGAAGGCGGUGUCGGGGAGGGAGAUAAGGCUUGGUUUGAAAAGCUCGGCAGGAAAUGUAGGGAAGUCGGAGCCGUCUUGAUCUACGAUGAGAUUCAGUGCGGCCUCUUCCGUUCUGGCACCAUGUGGGCCCACUCUGAAUUCCCUGCCGAUGCCCAGCCAGACAUUAUCACCAUGGCCAAGCCUCUCGCCAACGGAUUCCCCAUCGGCGCCAUCAUGGUGCGUUCUGCCGUUGCCAACACCAUUUCCCCUGGAAUGCACGGCACCACCUUUGGCGGCCAGCCCUUGGGCUGUGCGAUUGGCGUUCACGUCGUCGACCGUUUGUCCAGCCCCGCAUUCACAAGCAACCUCUCCGAGACCAGCCAGCACCUCGAGGGGCUGAUUGAGAAGCUCCCUGCCAUGUUCCCUUCAUUGCUUGCGGAAAUCCGAGGACGGGGAUUGAUCAGGGGUAUCGCUUUCAAGGACGAGACCAGGCCUGGAGAGCUUGUGAAGCUCGCUCGGGAAAGGGGUGUACUGCUGUUGACAGCGGGCAAGGAUGCCGUCAGGCUGGUGCCCGCGCUCGUGGUCACCAAGGAAGAGUGCGACAAGGCCGUGGGUGUGAUCGAGAGCUGUUUACAUAUCUUGCAAGAACAAGCCUAA